CAAAAAAGAAAAAAAAAGUCUUGAUCGCUUUUAUGAUGAUGAUAAAUCAUGGAACUAUACGAAUUAUCCUUAAAAAAAAAAAAAAAAAGCUUUUGGGUGCUUAUUGGUGAGACUGAGACACCCCAAGAAAACAAAGAAAGUCCUGAAAUUAGGACAUGUUUCAGAAAUUUGCUUCUGUUUUUUUUCUGCUGAUUCCGGUUUUGCUCUAUUGUUGGUUUUUUUUUUUUUGUUUUUUUUUGACAACCCAUUUCCAGACUGUAAAUUCCAAACACAAAGCAUCACUCAAAUACUCAAUCAGUGAGGAAAGUGAGAGUGAGUGAGUGAUUGAUUUUCUUUUUCUGGGGAAAAUAUUUUAGAUACAAGAAAACAAACACCCCCCCCUAUAUUAUAGGGAUUCAUGAUUGAGUUAUAGGGAUUCGAGCUUAAUGGGCCAUGUGAAUUUUAUGCCCAGAGACUUCAACUUGUCAUCAGCUCAGUUCACUUCAGAAAUGGAAUCAACGGAAAAAUCAUCCAAGCAAUCAAAUUUGAUCCCACCAUUGCCAAGGGACUCAAGGGGAUCACUAGAAGUGUUUAAUCCAUCAACUUUCUCGACCCGACCCGUUAACCCAGCAUUUCGCCCUCAACCCAUUUGGGAAAACUUGAUAGAGCAACGUGAUAGUACCGCGGAAGAAGCUGACACUCGCACUUCCGAGCUCGAAUCCAAGUCGGGUCGGGCCGAAGAAAUAAUAACAUCAUGGAUGGCACUCAAGGAACCGAACGCUCCUGCUCCGUCGCCCGCCCUGUCUUCAUUAGCAUCAUCACCGCUCGUUUGUAACAUCACUGCGAGCCCGAAACCUUCGGAUGAAGCCGGGGUGGCUGCAAAGAGAGCUGCGGAAUGGGGGCUGGUACUGAAAACGGAUAACGAAACGGGUAAACCGCAGGGAGUUGGUGUUAGGAAUUCGGGCGGGGAUGAGCCGAACUCCAAACCGGGUACUUCUCGUAGGAACUCGAAUAAUUCGGUUCGGAGCUCCGAAGAAUCGGAUAAUGAACACAGCAAGGAGAGAGGGUUCCCUAGAGUAUCGGAGGACUUAAAGGAUGCAUUAUCAACGUUUCAACAAACGUUUGUUGUUUCGGAUGCUACCAAACCCGAUUACCCGAUUCUUUACGCAAGUGCCGGGUUUUUCAGGAUGACUGGAUACACUUCUAAGGAGGUCAUAGGCAGGAAUUGUCGGUUUUUACAGGGAGCGGGUACGGACCCUGAAGAUGUGGCGAAGAUUAGGGAAGCAUUGCAGGCAGGGAGAAAUUAUUGUGGGAGAUUGUUGAAUUACAAGAAAGAUGGGAAGCCUUUUUGGAAUCUUCUUACAAUUGCACCCAUCAAGGACGAAAAUGGAAAAGUAUUAAAGUUCAUUGGAAUGCAAGUGGAGGUGAGCAAGCAUACGGAAGGGGCCAAGGAAAAGAUGACGCGACCCAAUGGAUUGCCCGAGUCUUUGAUUCGAUACGAUGCCCGGCAAAAGGACAUAGCUGCCGGGUCAGUCACUGAGCUGGUGGAAGCAGUGAGGAAACCUCGUUCACUCAGUGAAUCAUCAAAUGGUCCUUUCACUAGAAAAUCAGGCGGUGAUGAUGAUGGUGAAGGAGCAGUAUCCAUGGGAAGGCGAAACUCAGAAAACGUACCUCCACAUAGAAGGAACUCCAAUGGGGGUAUUCGAAUGUCAAUGGAACGUAUCAGUGAAGUCCCAGAAAAGAAACCCAGAAAAUCUAGCCGUCUUUCUUUCAUGGGGCUUAUGAGGAAAAGCCAGAAUACGGCUGACAGCUUUGACAAUAGUCUAUUGGUGGAUGCUGAUGAGGAUGAAAGUGAUUAUGAUGAUGAUGAUGAGAGGCCUGACAGUGUUGAUGACAAAGUUAGACAAAAGGAAAUGAGGAAGGGUAUUGAUUUGGCCACCACACUUGAACGUAUAGAGAAAAACUUUGUCAUUACUGAUCCAAGGUUGCCUGAUAAUCCCAUUAUCUUUGCAUCUGAUAGCUUCUUGGAGCUGACAGAGUACAGUCGUGAAGAAAUACUGGGCAGAAACUGCAGGUUUCUACAAGGCCCUGAAACUGAUCCAGCUACUGUAAGGAAGAUUCGAGAGGCAAUCGAUAACCAGACAGAAGUAACUGUGCAGCUAAUCAACUACACUAAGAGUGGCAAGAAGUUCUGGAAUCUGUUCCAUCUACAGCCUAUGCGUGAUCAGAAGGGAGAAGUUCAGUAUUUUAUCGGAGUGCAGCUAGACGGCAGUGCCAAAGUCGAUCCACUUCAUAAUAGUAUUCCUGAUACUGCUGCACAAGAGGGUCAACAACUGGUGAAACAAACUGCAGAAAAUGUUGAUGAAGCAGUGAGGGAACUUCCGGACGCCAACAUGAAUCCAGAAGAUUUAUGGAUGAGUCAUUCCAAGGUGGUUCACCCUAAACCUCACAGAAAGGAUAGUCCCUCUUGGAAAGCUAUUCAAAAGGUACUUGAUAGUGGAGAAAAGAUAGGUCUAAAACAUUUUAGGCCCGUAAAACCAUUGGGAUCAGGGGACACUGGCAGUGUUCAUUUGGUGGAACUGUGUGGCACUGGCCUGUACUUUGCGAUGAAAGCUAUGGAUAAAGGUGUUAUGCUGAAUCGAAACAAGGUGCAUAGAGCUUGUGCAGAAAGAGAAAUUCUUGAUAUGUUGGACCACCCUUUUCUUCCAGCAUUAUAUGCAUCAUUUCAGACCAAAACACAUAUUUGUUUGAUUACGGAUUACUGUCCUGGUGGUGAACUUUUCAUGCUUUUGGAUAGACAACCAACGAAGGUCAUGAAGGAAGAUGCAGUAAGAUUUUAUGCUGCAGAGGUGGUUGUUGCAUUGGAGUACCUUCACUGUCAAGGGAUUAUAUACAGAGAUUUGAAGCCUGAAAAUGUUCUACUCCAGGACAAUGGGCAUGUAGCCUUGACCGAUUUUGAUUUAUCUUGCUUGACGUCUUGCAAACCUCAGCUGCUGAUUCCAGCUACAGAUGAAAAGAAGAAACGGCAGAAAAGCCAACAGAAUCCGAUCUUUAUGGCCGAACCAAUGCGUGCAUCGAACUCUUUUGUGGGAACCGAAGAGUAUAUUGCUCCGGAAAUUAUCACUGGGGCAGGCCAUACCAGUGCAGUAGACUGGUGGGCUCUAGGCAUUCUUCUAUAUGAAAUGCUGUAUGGAUAUACACCAUUCAGGGGAAAGACACGACAGAAGACAUUUGCCAAUGUUCUUCAAAAAGACCUUAAAUUCCCCAAAAGUAUACAAGUGAGUCUGCAUGCAAAGCAGUUAAUGUACCGCUUAUUGCAUAGAGAUCCAAAGAACAGAUUAGGUGCACGUGAAGGGGCCAAUGAAAUCAAGCGACAUCCAUUCUUUAAAGGUGUAAAUUGGGCUCUCGUUCGCUGGAUGACUCCACCUGAGCUUGAAGUUCCCAUCUCUGCAACUGAAUUAACUACGAAGGAAGAAGAUAAAGCAAUGGACCCUCAAUUACAGGACUUACAAACUAAUAUUUUCUGAGAAGCUUGGAAUGCUUUAUCACUUCACCAUUAGAGGCUUCUGGUUUUAUAGAUGUUGUGUGUUUCUCUCAUGCUAGCAUUAUGUUGUAUUCUCCUUUUUCCUUUUUUGGGAUUAAAAUGUAAUUUUCCUGUUGAUUGGUAAAUAAAAAUCAGUUUGUUCCUUUUAA